AUGGAGAUAAAAGCAGUCAGAAGGUACGAAACAAGAAAUAAGACAGCAGGAACGGAACUGUCAUCAUCCAAAUCCCGAGUUGACUGGAGACGCACUAAAAGGGAGCUCAUACUGCUUGACAGCAAUGAUGAAUCCUCAGGUACCUCUGAGGAGGAAGAGCCUACCACAUCAGAAGAUGAAGCAGAUGAAAAAGAUGAAACUGUUGUGAAGAACAGGCUUUCAGAUCAGGAAGAGAAAAGCCACGACAGGGAAGUAACAGAAGAUGGUGAGGAUGAGUGUGUCAUGCCUGGGAAGCGUAAAAGGUUGAACACCUGUGUCUUGUAUGACAGUGAUGAAAGCGAGGACAGUGACAUACUUGUUAGAAAAGUUUUUGCUAAACGCCCCUGUAUAAUGGAUGAAGAUGGGAGUUCUGAAGAACAGCAACCUGAUAAAACCUGCCCUAUAGAAAAUGUUUCUACUAGUAAGAAACAGAAAGUGUUUGCGAAAUUGAAAGAACUUGCAAGACAAAGAGCAACUUGGAGAUCUUGCAGCGGUGAAAAUUGUGAGGAUUCUAACGAAGAAGCAGAAAUAGAAGAGGAACCACUCUGUCACUCGCCCCUCACACCAACAGGAAGCAGUGGCACUGACAGUGACAGCAUGAAAGAUUUUAUAGUAGAGGAAGAUGAUGACAACACAGAGCAUGUAAAGAGGAAAACCCAGCCACAGCAGAAGGAGCUAAAUACAUCAAAUAGCAAGUUGCUGUCAUACUACGUCCCACACUUAUCUUGCUGCGAUCAUUAUGUACACUUCAAAAGAAUAGUAAAGGCUUUCCUCAUAAAUGCGAUUGAUGACACUUUUCUGAGCUCAUUAUAUGAUGGAACAAGACAGAAGAAGUAUGCGCAAGAUAUGCUGCUCUCGCUUCAUUAUUUGGAUGACCGCUUCAUUCAGCCUCGUCUUGAGAACUUAAUCUCUAGAAGUCGCUGGAAAGAUCGAUACAGGGAGCGGGUGGAUUGUUACCCGGAUGUUCGCAUAAUCUUGAAAAAUGGGAGAAAUACAUCUUGUCAGGCCUGUGAAUUGAAUCGGCUUUGUAAGUUUAAUGUGCUGCUCUCUGGAAAGCUUUACAAUAGUAGAACUUUGGAAGCAGAUGACUUCAUGUCAGAUGACAAGCAGGUUUUGAAGGUCGGCAUGGUGUGUGCAAAUCGUACAAGAGUUUAUCAUAAUUUGAAGCACUUCAAAUACAAGUUGUAUGUGGAUUGCAGCUCCAUUACCGAGUUGGAUGGUGUUCAGGAUGAACCAGUCAAAGACACAGUCGAACGGCUUUUCAGCCAUUUGGAAGACAGUGGGUGGAUUCAGAAGAGAUAUGAUGAUCUUGAAGACUACAUGAAUGAUGCAGACAGCUUCCAAGAAGAGAAAAUGGAUUAA